CUGAUCUUAACCAAUAGUGAAAAAUAUUUGCAAUUUUUUUUUUUUAUUUUUAUUUUUUUUUAGUCAGAAGAGUACGAUGUCAAGCGAGAAUAAUUAAACUAAUUACAAAAUCAAAUAGAGUUAGUUUAUUAAUGGUUCUUAUUAUAGAAACCCAAGACUAUACAAUCACACAAUGUCAACUAUUCCUACAUCGAAUGGUGGUUCGACUCGACCCAGGACUCCAAGAACAUCAUCAGUACACAAUGGGAUUGCAUUGACUUCUGUCACUGAUUCACAUAUAUCAGCAAGAACAGGACCUCAGUCUAAGGUUCCACCCAGUACUUUACCAAUGACAGACAAUAUACCACAUGAUGCUCCUCCAGACUUACGAUUAUUACUUCAAACCUUGGAGGUUGACUUCCAUGUCAACAAAACCAUUGAUCAAUACACUUAUAUUAACAGGAGAGAGAAUGUUCUUCAAUCCAUUGAUAGAUUACGACAACAGCAGCAACAGCAACAAGAAAUUCAACUAGAUCCAGACAUGUUGGAGGCUCCAUUAUAUCCCAGAAAGAUUGUUGAACCAGCAGAAGAAGAUGAAUUCACAUCACAUCUGCUUAUUUAUAUUUUAUCCAAUCGUGCUAGAAUUCAUCGACAAGAUGAAGAAGCAUUUAUAGCUCUUGAUUCAAAGGGUAAGAGAGUCAAUUCGAUAACAUGGACUAAAUUAUAUUUAAAAGCAAUGAAAUUAGCUCAUGAUAUGCAUCAUAAACUUCCAAUUCGUUCUGGUGCUUGUGUAUUAUUAUUGUAUAGAGAUGGAGAAGUGUGUGAGUUUGCCGUGGCAUUAUUCGCAUGUUUUAUGAUAGGAGUAACUGCUAUACCUAUCUAUCAAGAUAUAUCAUUAGAUGAAGUACUAGAUAUAGUAAGGACCACUUCUUCAGAGUUAUUGCUUUAUUCAGAUGCCGUCGCCAAAAGACUAGAAGCUCAGAAUUUAGCAAUUAAAUGGCCUUCAAAAUUAGUAAGAUGGAAAACCAAUGAUCUUGGAUCUGCCAAGCCAGCUGAACAACAUGAUUUUAAAAGAGUGAUGCAAAAGUUGUCUAUAGAUACUAAAGCAAAUUUGGCCUAUGUCGAAUUUUCCAGAUCAUCCGUCGGUGAAUUGAGAGGUGUUGCAUUGAGUCAUAGAACAAUAUUACAUCAAAUGAAUUCUCUAGAAGUAACGCUUCUGAGUAAGCCAGAUUCUGGUGGUCCAAUUCAAAGAAGUUAUAAGGAAUAUAAAGCAAACAAAAAAGUGGUUUUAUCGACUUUAGAUAUAAGAAUUUCGAUCGGUCUUAUUUUGGGAAUACUAUUCAAUGUUUAUACUGGUAAUGUGCUUAUAUGGGCCCCACAGGUUGUCAUGGAAAUUCCAGGUUUAUACGCUCACAUAGUGACCAAAUACAGAGCUUCGAUGUUACUUGGUGAUAAUAUAGGAUUGAAACAAGUUACUUAUGAGUAUCAAAGAUCACCAAACUCUACAAGAUAUUUUUCCAAGACGCAAAAGGUGGACUUCUCCCAAGUUAGAUGGGUUUUAGUGAACGCUUCUAUGGUUGAUGGUGAAUUUGCAGAUGUAUUAUCCCAGAGAUUCUUACGUCCAUUGGGUUGCAAACAUCCUGAUAAUGCGGUAAUUCCAAUGCUUACAUUGACUGGUUUUGGGGGUAUGGUGAUUUCCCUUCGAGAUUGGGUUGAUUCUAAAACAGGCUUGAAUAAGGCAAUAGAUGAUUAUGGUAACGAAAGUGAUUUAUCUUCUGUAUUAAUUGAUAAGGAAUCCUUAACCAGAAAUAUUGUGAAAAUAGUAGAGGUCAAUCCUUCUCCAUCUGAUGAUAUACCCAAAAAUACUUUAAGAGUUGAUUCAUUUGGUUAUCCUUUACCAGAUUCAACUUUAGCAGUUGUUAAUCCUGAACUGUCUAUAUUGGUAUCAAAAGGUGAGCUAGGAGAAAUUUGGAUCGAUAGUCCUUGUUUAUCGGGAGGAUUCUACAAGCUUAGAAAUGAGUCUAAACAAAUAUUCCAUGCAAAAUGUCGUGACGCUGAAGGUGUCUUAAAAAUGGAUUUCCUUAGAACGGGACUUUUAGGGUUCACUUUCAGAGGGAAAGUUUAUGUUUUAGGUCUUUAUGAAGAUAGAAUCAGACAAAGAGUUUGUUGGAUUGAUCAAAGAAUAUCUCAAAAACUUAAGAAAGAUUUUGUUGUGGGAAAUGGAACUACAUAUCAUUAUUCCUCACAUUUGUUAGCAACAUUGGCCAAUGAAGUCAGAGAAGUUCAUGAUUGUACAAUAUUUGAUAUAUUUAUUGCUAAUGAACAUUUACCAGUUGCAAUUAUUGAAACUAUGAUAAAGAGGAAGACAACAGAUGAUAGUAAUAGCAUAGAUUCGUCGCCUUCAACUAAAUUUUCUGACGCCGAGAGUCAGCCUGUUCCGGUCAACGAAGGUCUUUUAAACAUCAUAGCAGAAAAAUGUUUCAACAAAUUGUAUCUUAAGCAUAAUUUAAGACUUUAUUGUGUCUUAGUGGUUGAUUGUGAUACCCUUCCAAGAAUCAUGAGAAGUGGCGGUAGAGAAAUUGCUAAUUUAUUAUGUAGAAAAUGGUUCAUAGAGGGAAGAUUAGAAGCUCAAUUUGUGAAAUUCUUUGCUAAUAAAUCCUUAAGUGUGAUACCACAUGGUGAAGAUCCUAUUGGUGGUAUUUGGUCUCCUUAUUCUUCCCAGCUUAGAAGUGCUGCUCUUGCUAGUUUUCCAGACCAAUUUUCUACUAUUGAUUAUCGUGCUAAUUCUUUGGAUGAUAGAACUAAGAUUCCGCUUACUGAUUUCAAAAGUAUAGUUGAUAUUUUGAAGAUGAGAGUUGCUAGUAUGGGUGAUUCUGUUGCAUUCCUGACAGUCGAUAAUGGUGGAAAGAGUCAGAAACCUUUGACUUGGAAAAAAUUUGAACAUCGUGUUUAUGCAGUUUGCAGUUACCUUAUCGAAAAGGCUGCUGUAAGACCAGGUAGAUAUGUUAUUUUGAUGUACUCUUUAUCGGAAGAGUUUGUUAUUGCAUUAUAUGCAUGUUUAAUUUGUGGUAUUAUCCCAAUCCCUGUUCUACCAUUUGAUUCCAACAGAAUUGGAGAAGAUUUGCCUGCGUUUGUUGGAGUGUUAAUGGAUUUUGAUGUUGCUGAGAUUCUUGUAAAUGAGGAAAUUGAGAGUUUCUUAAAGAGUGGGCUGGUUUCAGAUUCCAUUAAGAAAUAUUAUCAUAAGGCAUCUGUUUCAUUAAGAAUAAAAAACACUGCUAAAUUAACUAAGGUUUCCAAUGUGGCUACUUUAAAUUCAAAAAUUGCUAAAUAUCAAGCUGCUGUGAAAUAUAGAGAUCCAAAUACCACUGCGUUAAUUUGGUUAAAUUUCACUUCAGAUCAUUAUAGAAUAGGUGCCACCUUGACACAUAAGAACAUAUUGGGAAUUUGUAAAGUGUUCAAAGAAACAUGUGACUUUGAUUCAAAGUCCGGUAUAGUUGGUUGCGUACGUCAUGCAUCUGGUAUUGGGUUUAUUCAAUCCGCUUUAUUGGGUGUCUUCUUAGGUGUAACCACAAUUUUGUUAUCACCAGUCAGAUAUGCUGAAAAUCCAUUAACCUUUUUCGUUACUUUAUCUCGUUUUAAGGUUAAAGAUGUAUUUGUUACAGAACAACAACUUAAAUAUGCAGCUGCGAAAUUUACACCAAAAGGAUUCACUUUAAACCAUUUGAAGAAUAUGAUGAUCAGUACUGAUUCAAGAGUUGAGAUUGAGUUAUUGAAAGAUAUUGCUAAGAUAUUUAGACCAGCUAACUUAAGUGCUGCUUCAUUAUCUGCAGUUUACGAUCAUUUUUUUAAUCCAAUGAUUUCAACUAGAUCUUAUAUGACCAUCGCUCCUGUUGACUUGUACUUGGAUCCUAUCGCUUUAAGACAAGGUUAUAUUUCAGUGGUUAAUCAACAAGAAGUUCCAAAUGCUCUUCAUAUCCAAGAUUCCGGGGUUGUUCCAGUCUGUACUCAAAUCGCUAUUGUCAACCCAGAGACAUGUCGGGUUUGUAAAGAAGGUGAAUAUGGUGAAAUUUGGGUAUCAUCAGAAGCUAAUUUGGCAUCAUUCUCGAACGGUCCAAAGGGUCCUGAAGAUAAGUUUAGCAAAUUACAAUUCAAUUGUAAUAUUACUGGUGAUGAUUCAAGUACUAGAUAUUUAAGAACUGGAGAUUUAGGAUUCUUGCAUAAUAUAUCAAUCACCAAGAAUAAUAGUCAUAACUCCAAUCAACAAUCCGCACUAGCAGAACUGACUACAUUUCAACCAUUAUUCUUACUUGGUAAGAUUGCUGAUACAUUUGAAAUCAUGGGAUUGCAUCAUUUCCCAAUUGAUGUUGAGAAUACAAUCGAGUCAAGUCAUCCAUCUAUAAAUAAAAAUGGUGUUUGUAUUUUUAAAUGUGCCGAUUAUACCAUUGUUGUAUGUCAAACACAACCGGUGAAAUAUUACGCAUCUUUGGUUCCUAUAAUUGUUAAUACAGUGUUGAGUAAACAUCAUCUUAUAGUUGAUAUUGUGGCCUUUAUCAAAAGAGGACAAUUCCCUAUUUCAAGAUUAAGAACCAAACAAAGAGCAAGAAUUGUGGAUGCUUGGGCCAAAGGCUUCAUUCCUAUUGUAGCAUCGUACGGUGUUAACUAUGGUGAGAAUGUGAUGUUGAAAUUGAUCAAAGAAAUCAGUGAAGAUGCGAAGGAUGAUCCUGUAAUUGGAUUAAAGAAUCCAGCCUUACCAUAUGAUUCUAUCGAUGAAGGCGAUAUUUUUGAUGAAGAUCAUCAAGGGUUAACCUUAAAUCAAGACUUUUACGAUAUGGAGAGAAGAGCAGAGUUUACAUUUUCUAAUUAUAGUGCCAGUACUGCUUCUGCUGAUUCAACACCCUCUGCUAUAUAGCAUAACUAAUAACGAGUUUCUAAUUACGAUUUUUACUUUAAUUUAAUUUAAUUUAUUACAAUAUAAAAUUUAUUCAGUUUAAUUAUAUUUUUUUUAUUUGCGCUCGAUCUGGU